AUGUCGGCGGUAGAGCGGAAACUGCGUGGGUUGAAAAACCGAAAACGCAGUAUAAUAACAUCAUUCACAUGCAUUACGUCCUUCGUCAACAACUUCCAAGCAGAGCGAGAUGCAAUCGAGGUUCCGGUCCGUUUAGAGAAUUUUGUGGCGUUGUGGAAUGAAUUCAACGAGGUACAGGCCGAAUUGGAGAGCAUGGAGGAAUCUGAGGAGACUAUGGAGUCAUACCUGAAGGAACGAACAGAAUUCGAGAAGGCAUACUACCGUGUCAAGGGUAAGCUGCUGCUUUACAAUAAACCCAACACAGAUCCUCAAGACUCUCAGCGUCGGCUUCAGGAGCCAUCCUCGCACAUGCCCCACAUAAAAUUGCCAGAUGUGCGGCUGCCUGUAUUUAGUGGAGAUUUCGAAACAUGGCUCAAUUUCCACGACCUUUUCCUAUCGCUCGUCCACUCCUCAGCGCACUUAUCUACAAUCCAAAAAUUUUACUAUUUGCGUUCCUCUUUGGCGGGUGAGGCGCUCAAAUUGAUACGAACAAUUCCCAUCUGCAAUGAACAAUACCCGGUGGCUUGGAAAAUGCUUGAAGAUCACUUUUCAAAUCCUCGUCGACUAAAACGCACUUACGUGCAGUCCCUAUUCGACUUCCCAUGCAUGAAGCGAGAAACGGCUUCAGAGUUACAUUCACUCAUCGAAAAAUUUGAAGCAAACAUGAAAAUUUGCAAGCAACUUGGCGAGCGCACCGAGCACUGGGACGUAUUGCUUAUUCAUUUACUCAGCACUCGUUUGGAUACGGUUACAAGGAGAGAUUGGGAGGAGUAUGCUGAGAUGAAUCAAACUACGAAGUUCAGCCAGUUGAUCGAGUUUCUUCAACGCCGAGUGAAUGUUCUGCAAACGGUAGUCUAUAAAUCUGGAGAGACACAACAACAGCCGUCAGCUGUAAAAAAGCCAGUCAUGCAACGUUCUGGAUAUUAUGGAUCAGUACAAGGCAACUCGAGUGGCUGCAUAGCGUGUUCAGGUCCACAUUCCCUCUAUCAAUGCGAAACAUUUUCAAACUACGCCACACACGAGAAAGAGCAAUUUGUGCGUCGGAACCAGUUGUGUAGGAAUUGCUUACGUAGAGGACAUAUGGCGAAGGAUUGUAGUUCGGAAAGUAGCUGUCGAAAAUGCCGUGGUCGUCACCAUACCCAGCUAUGUACAAUCCAGAGAACCGAGAGAAGCAGUCAAGCAGCUUCGAUUCCUUUACAACUAGAACACUCAAAUCCAACAACGUUACCUACCAACCAAGGCACAGUUUCUUCUACACCAGCUGCACACACGGGGGUAACAAGUUGCAAAGCGCAUGGUGAAGGUACGAGCAAGAUUUUGUUGGCAACAGCUAUUAUUAUUCUAAUAGAUGACAACGGGCAUGAGCACCCAGUUCGUGCGCUGCUGGAUUCGGGAAGCGAAUGUUGUUUUGCCAGCGAGAGAGUCAGUCAGCGAAUGGCUGUUCGUCGCAACAAGGUAGAUCUUCCAAUUGCGGGCAUAGGACAAUCGGCAACGCAAGUACGGUUCAAAUUUCGCUCGACAUUGAAGUCUCGGAUUACGGCAUAUACGGAUGUGGUUGAUCUGUUUGUCCUCCCAAAGGUGACAAUCGAAUUACCUUCCCUUGCCAUUAACACAUCUUCUUGGGCCAUACCGACAGGAAUUCAGCUUGCGGACCCUUCCUUUUACGAACCAGGUGCGAUUGAUGUCGUAUUAGGUGCAGAAGUAUUUUUCGACCUUUUUACAGUGGCAGGUCGAAUUCCUUUGGGGGAUUCUUUACCAUGUCUCGUUAAUUCUGUGUUUGGCUGGGUUGUUUCUGGAAGGACGGCACUAGCAACCGAUCAUACACCUGUGGCAUGCAACGUCGCUACCAUGUCAGAUAUACAUCGUUCCAUGGAAAGAUUCUGGACUAUUGAAGAUGAUACAUCGCCAGCGUAUUCACCGCAGGAAACAUUCUGUGAGCAAUAUUUCCGCGAUACAGUUACCCGUGAUACCGACGGUCGAUAUUGUGUUAGAUUGCCAUUAAAAAGAGAAAAUUUAAGCAAUUUGGGAGAUAACAAGAUCACCGCAUUCCAUAGAUUUCGUCUCAUUGAGCGCCGAUUGAGCCGAGACGUUAAGCUUGCCGACGAGUGUCGAGGAUUCAUGGAGGAGUAUGUACAACUCGGUCAUAUGGAACUAAUCAGUGAAGCUCAAGCUGAGAUACAGCCAUCCUUCUUUCUUCCCCAUCAUCCCGUCAUUCGAGAAGAAAGCAGCACUACCAAGGUUCGGGUCGUGUUUGACGGUUCUUGCAAGAGUGCAACAGGCCUCUCGUUAAAUGACGUCAUGCUGGUAGGUCCAAUAAUCCAAGAAGACCUGCGCUCCAUAGCCAUGCGAUCUCGCCUACAUCCGAUAAUGUUGAUCGCUGAUGUCGCUAAAAUGUUUCGGCAAAUUCGACUGCACCCCGAAGACACUCCGUUGCAGAGAAUAUUUUGGCGAUUUUCACCAUCUGAGCCAGUUAGCAUGUAUGAAUUGAAGACAGUUACGUACGGCACCGCUUCAGCACCGUACUUGGCCACCCGCGUUCUUCAACAGCUAGCAAAUGAUGAGCAGCAAAACUAUCCUGUUGCAGCCAAAGCCACCAGCGAAGAUUUUUAUGUGGAUGACUUUCUCUCAGGUGCUAAGACUGUUGAGGAGGCAGUUGAACUGCGUGUUCAGAUGGAAGCAAUGUUCGACUCAGCAGGUUUAAAGCUUCGUAAAUGGGCCAGUAACUCGUCUGCUACCCUAAUGGAUGUACCAGAAGAGGAUCGAGCACUGCAACAGACCAUCGAGUUCAGUAUGGAUCAAACCAUCAAAUCACUAGGAUUGCAUUGGGAGCCGCAUACAGAUCGUCUGAAAUAUAGGAUCGAAACACCCUGCUUUGAACCUUCCAAGACAGUAACCAAACGCUCUGCACUCUCCUGCAUAGCAAAAUUAUUUGACCCAUUGGGUCUAGUGAGUCCGGUUGUAGUGACAGCUAAAAUAUUUAUGCAGGCUCUGUGGAGUCUAAAGGGCGAAAAUGGAAAACCGAUCGACUGGGACAGAGAAUUACCAGAACCAAUGAGGGAGAGGUGGACAUCGUAUUACUCUCAGCUACCUUUGUUGAGUGAGCUCCGCAUCGAACGAAUAAUUUUAAUCCCCAAGGCGAUUGCAGUUGAACUCCAUUUUUUCUCCGAUGCUUCGGAGCACGCGUAUGGUUCAUGCGUCUACGUUCGAUCAAUAAAUGCAGUAGGCGAGGUGAAGAUAGCUCUUCUGACUUCGCGAUCUAAAGUUGCGCCAUUAAAACAGCAGUCAAUACCACGUCUUGAAUUGUGCGGGGCAUUGCUUUCGGCAGAGUUGUACGGGAAGGUAUCAAAGGCGUUGCGUGUUUCAGCAAAGGCAUACUUUUGGGUGGAUUCAACAACCGUAUUGAGCUGGCUGAAAUCCCCUCCAUCUACCUGGACUACCUUUGUUGCUAACAGGGUUUCGAAGAUACAGCAUGCAACUCAAAACUGCGAAUGGAAUCAUAUUGCUGGGUCAGAAAAUCCAGCCGACAUCGUAUCCAGAGGGCUGCCUGCAAAUGAUUUGCUGGAGAGCAAACUGUGGUGGCAGGGUUCACCGUGGCUUAUACAACAAAGGGAAUCCUGGCCUGUUCAAGUACUCGGAAUGGCAGAUAGGUCGGAAAUUUUGAAGGAAGAACGGAAGACAGCCUUAGUAGCUGCUCCUGCUACACCUUCGUUCAUCGAGGAAUUUGUUGCAAAGUUUUCGGAUUAUCAACAUAUGCUUCGAGUUACAGCCUACUGUCGACGCUUCGUAAAUAAUGUUCGGUAUAAGGGAAAAAAUCGUGUGAUUUCGAUUUGUCUCACAACAGCUGAACUUCGCGAUGCAGAAUUGUUGCUUAUCCGUCUGGUUCAAUUAGAAAGCUUCCCGUCGGAAUGGAAAUCACUACAAGAAACGCAAACGGUCAGCUCGAGUUCACGCCUACGUUGGUUUCAUCCGAUGCUCAUGACAGACAAUGUUAUGCGCAUUGGCGGACGUUUGGGUCGGGCUACAGUUCCGUUCGACUCAAAGCACCAGAUCCUGUUUCCAGGGUCGCAUCACUUCACGAAACUACUAGUUCGAUGCUAUCACCAGCGAUUACUACAUGCAGCUGCGCAGCUUUUGACCAAUACACUUAGACUUCGUUUUUGGAUACUUGGGGGUCGUAGUGUCUUGCGUCGAACCAUACACUCGUGCAUCACAUGCUUUCGAGGCAAACCGAAGCUAGUCGAACAAUUUAUGUCCGAGCUGCCUUCUCAGAGAGUGACCGCAUCAAGACCGUUCUCAAUCGUCGGCAUUGAUUUUUGGGGACCAAUUUAUCUUAAACCUCGUCACCGUCGAGACGCCCCACCGAAGGCAUAUGUAGCAGUGUUUGUGUGCUUUUCCACAAAGGCCGUGCAUAUGGAGUUGGUCGUUGACCUUACUACAGUCAAAUUUCUUCAAGCUUUCCGUCGUUUUGUCUCCCGUAGAGGCCUUUGUUCGGAUGUAUGGACAGAUAACGGCAAGAAUUUUGUCGGUGCGGCCAACGAGCUUCGGAAAAUAAUGCGCAACGAAGACUUUAAACAGUCGAUGUCCCGCGAAUGCGCUGACAGCGGGAUUCGCUGGCACUUUAACCCUCCGAAGGGUUCUCACUUUGGCGGCCUUUGGGAGGCAGCCAUAAAUUCCGCGCAGAAACAUUUCAUCCGUGUUCUGGGUGACACGAAGCUCGCAUUUGACGAUAUGGAGACCCUUUUAACACAGAUCGAAUGCUGCCUCAAUUCACGUCCCCUUACGAAGCUUCAUGAGGACCCAUCGGAUUUGCAAGCUCUCACUCCAGGGCAUUUUUUAGUCGGAGCGGCACUCAAAUCUGUUCCUGACACCGAUUACGAAUCAAUCCCUUUCAACAGGCUGCACCAAUGGCAGCAAACCCAGAAGAUAUUCCAAAACAUCUGGAAGCGAUGGCACGUCGAGUACCUUGCAUCCCUUCAACCACGUACAAAAUGGUACAAACCACCUGUGAAGCUGCAGCCUGAUACGCUUGUCAUCAUUCUGGACGAAAAUCUUCCACCAAUGCGCUGGCCAAUGGCGCGUAUCCGCGAUGUGCAUCCUGCACGGAGAACCAAAAUUCAGCUCAGAUGCGAAAACUUUAGUUGA